AUGGAUGGCAGCUCUCUGCUCUCGGUCCCAAGCAACUCGGAGUCACCACUGAUGUGUGAGGUUCCAGCAGCCCAGCAGGGCGGGGCCAGCGGCACCUCAGGAAGCAGCCUGGGGAGCUCCAUCACGGCCUGUAAGAAGGUGCUUUGCAGCAAUAGUCUGCUCGAGUCUACAGACUACUGGUUGCAGAAUCAGAGGACACCCUGCCAGAUUGGGUUCGUGGAAGACAAGUCCGAAAACACAGCUUGCGCUUCCGUCUGCUUUGUGAACCUGGAUGUAAACAAGGAUGAGUGCAGCACAGAGCACCUGCAGCAGAAAUUGGUCAACGUUUCACCAGAUCUCCCAAAACUUAUCAGCUCCAUGAAUGUCCAAAAACCAAAAGAAAAUGAAAUUGUCCUCCUCAGCGGGUUAACAUCUGGAAAUCUCCAGGCAGAUUUUAAAGUUUCACAGUGUCCUUGGCUGCCAGACAUCUGCUUGGUCCAGUGUGCAAGGGGGAACAGACCAAACAGUACCAAUUGCAUCAUCUUUGAAAUUAACAAAUUUUUGAUUGGCCUGGAAUUGGUUCAGGAGCGGCAGCUCCACCUGGAAACAAACAUCUUGAAGGUGGAGGAUGACACAAACUGUUCCCUGUCUUCAAUCGAGGAAGACUUUAUCACCGCAUCUGAGCACUUGGAAGAGGAGAGUGAGGUGGAAGAAUACAGGAAUGGUUAUGAGAAUAUAAAUGUUUCAGCCAAUGUUAUGGAAAGGGAAAAGUCGAAGGGAAUCACUCAGGAGGAAUGGGAUCACAAUAAGGAAAAGGCACUUUGUACUUUGGAAGACAAAUACAUUAGCAAAUAUCACACAUCAUUGAUUAACACAGAAACAUCUCUGAGAAAAGUAGCAGAAGACAUAACUUUGCAGAGUCUGGAUCCAGCAGCUAAGCUAUCAGAGUGGAAAGGUGAAACUGUGGGGAAUGAGAUGACAGCCACAAAUUACUAUCAUUCAGAAAAUUUUAAAGAUCAAGUGGAAAAAUUGCAGGCACUCUGUAUUCCAGGCAAUGCUUAUUUCUCCAAGGUGGUUAAGAAAGAUGAACGUUCUGCCCAUGGCACUGUCAUGGAGCAGGACCACAAGUUAGACCCAGGAGACCAUGAAGAUGGAACAAAUUCUCUUCUCCCCAUACAAGAUGGAGAAGCCACAACGGGCGAGUAUGCCACAAAUUUAGCAGAAUCUGUGCUGCAAGAUGCAUUUAUUAGAUUAUCUCAGUCUCAGCCUACACUACCCCAGGAAACGGCAGUCAGUGUCUCUGUAGGAAGUGCUCUGCUCUCUCGUCGCUAUUCCACAAAAGAUAUCGUGGUCCCUCAGUCAUGGAAUGAGCUCCCCAAAAUCGUCAUUGUUCAGAGUCCCGAUGGCAAUAAUGCUGCCCCUGAGCCAGACAUCGCUACAUGGCCUGAGAUGGAAGUCUCUUUUGAAAACUCAGGUGUCGCCUCUGGAGAGAAUGCCAGCAAACACCCCCAGAGUGCUCUGGAGGUAGCCUUAGCUUGUGCAGCCACCGUGAUUGGAACUAUUUCCAGUCCACAGGCCACAGAAAGACUAAAAAUGGAGCAAGAAUCCCUUAUUUUCAACCACCCACCAGAUGGCAAUGACCUACUACAGACUCAAGCACCCCAAGUACUCAAGGAACCGUCCAUCAGUGAAUACUCGUUUCCAUCUGCUUUGUGCGGCAUGGCGCAGGUGGCCAGUGCCGUCGCUGUCUGUGGCCUGGCUGAAACCGGAGAGGUGAAGUGCCCUGAAGCUUCAAGUGGACUCUUGCCUGCAGCUGUGUCCUCUGCAGCAAUUCCUCCACUUUUUAAUUUAGCAACAGGGAGGGACAUGGCGCUGGGAAACGAGGCCAUCGCAGAGGCAUUGUUCAAAGAGGCCGCUCUGGUUUUAAUAAGGCCUACUGCCUACAGCAGCAUUGGAGACCUCAUGGAAUCAAUGAACAGAAGAAUUAUGGAAACUGCUUCCAAGCCUCAGAGCUCGUGCUCAGAAAAUGCGCUCGGAAAUGAACUGGCACAAGCUCUGUCCAAUCUGAUUCUGAAGCACUGCCUUGAUGGAAUUCACCAGCAAAAUAAAAGAAUCGACCCCAAAGGCACGCAUUCGUCUGAAACUCUGGACAUCUUAAUGGAAGGUACAAAUCAACUGCUCUUCAAUGUGAUAUGCUUUACCCUCAAGAAGAUGAGCCAUAUUGUACAGCAUGGUAAAUGUCCCACUCUCCUUUCUAAGGAGACCAUUGGAUGGAGGGAAACAGAACUAGGCAACCAGCCACGUGAUGAGGCUGCUAGUCAAGCAUGGGCUAAAGCCACUGAAUACUCCAGCAGCCAUCCACAUAUUCCUCCACGUAGCACCAGUCUUGUUAUCAAUGAUCUUGUAGAGGACAUGCCUUCAAAGCAAGACAGCAAGGGCCCAGCGAAGCCAGGUCUCUUUCAGAACCCCAUGCUGCAAUCUGAAUUGUCUUGUGGUCCCAGAAUGCCUGGUUCUUCAUCUGCUAAAAUAUUCCCUAAGGAAAUAUAUAUGAAAGGAACCAUGGGAAAGGAUAUAAUAAACCCGCAUCAGACACUGAUUCACAAUGAGAAUGAAAGCAGAGCCUCUUCAGAGGGAGAAAGGACAUUGGCAGCAACCAAGUGGAGCAGCGGUUCCCAGGAUGCUGAGAAAAGCUUCAGUCCCAACAGCCAUGAGAAGUACAAUUGUGCCUCACUUCUAAACAAUGAAGUGCAAGUUAAUCUGUCUUUGUUAGGGAGUGACUUGCUGCUUCCUGCUCAGUCCAUGCUGCAGGCAAAACACACAGACGUAUACAGCAUUGCAGACUUUGCGGAAGAAUUAGCAGAAACCAUUGUCUCCAUGGCAACUGAAAUUGCAGCAAUUUGCCUUGACAACUCAAAGGGAAAACAACCCUGGUUUUGUGCAUGGAAAAGAGGGACCGAGUUUCUGGUUACCCCGAACCUAACCUGCCGAUCUUUGAAGAGGAAGGAGAGUCAGGCCAGUGGGUCCGCCGUGAGGAAACACAAGCCACCGCGGCUCAGUGAGAUCAAGAGGAAAACAGAUGAGCACCCGGAGCUUAAAGAGAAGCUGAUGAACAGGGUUAUGGACGAGUCCAUGAACCUUGAGGACACCCAAGAUUCUGUCAGUUUCUUUGCAAACGAAGUAGCAGCCAAGAUCAUGAACCUGACAGAGUUCUCCAUGGUGGACGGCGUCUGGCAAGCCCAGAGCUUUCCCCGGAAUCGGUUACAGAGUGGAGACAGGUGGAACCGGCUGAAAGCCUCCAGCUGUGAGAGCAUUGCCGAGGAGGACUCUAAUGCCAGGGCCUAUGUCAACAGCCUGGGUUUAAUGAGCAGCCUAAGUCAGCCAGUGAGCAGGGCCAGCUCUGUCUCCAAGCAAUCGAGCUGUGAGAGCAUCACCGAUGAGUUUUCCAGGUUCAUGGUGAAUCAGAUGGAGAAUGAAGGAAGAGGAUUUGAGUUGCUGCUGGAUUACUAUGCAGGCAAGAAUGCCAGCAGCAUUGUGAACUCAGCUAUGCAGCAGGUGUGCCAGAAAAAUGACCACCUCAGCGUGAGGUCAAACUGUCCCUCUAAGCAGUCCAGCACAGAGAGCAUCACCGAGGAGUUCUACAGGUACAUGCUGAGGGACAUGGAAAGAGAAAGCAAAGAUAAUGCCUUCUCCAGACGAAGCAGCCAGGAUUGGGCGGCUGGUUUAUUGUCACCUUCUCUGCGAUCCCCAUUGUAUUACAGACAGUCAUCUAUGCCAGAUGGCAGAUCCCUGGGUGCCAGGCUGACAGUGAAUGUGCCAUUCAAAGCCAAUUCCUUAGAUGGCUUUGCUCAGAACAACCAGCGAGAUCGCCUAAGCGUACAGCCAGUCAGCAGUGCUUCCUCAACGGGGCUCUGCAAAUCUGAUUCUUGCUUAUAUCGCAGAGGUGGAACUGACCAGAUCACAGCCAUGUUAAUUCAUGAGACAUGGGCAAACUCAAUCGAGGCCCUCAUGCGGAAGAACAAAAUUAUAGUGGAUGAUUCCCAGGCUGAUGCUGAGCCUGUUUCUGGUGGCCCUCCCUUGCAAGUGGACAAGUGUGCAAACAGGUUAGCUUCUAGCAGAGUGCAAAGUGGGCCAGUUCUUCUUGUCCAGGAGCCUAUUGAUUACCAGAGGAAAGACUCUGUUACCGAAACCCAAUAUCCCUCAGUGUCCUCUCCAAGCAAAGCUGCUCCUCUUACUUUCAAUUCUAAAAAGGAAACUUCCUUGUGCCAUGAUGGUAUCUCUGUAAACCGCACCAGGCAAUCACUUUGUUCAAGGGAAGUGCCUUUAAUUCAGAUUGAAACAGAUCAGAGAGAAGAGUGUGCUGGUGAACCUGAACACACCCUUUCCAAGUGCAGCCCCCUGGAAGAAGCAGAGGAGCAUUCGAAAGACGACAAAAAUGUCCCAGAUGUGGUGAAGGGUAGAGACACUGAGAAGAAAGACUGCCAAGACCACGGUGACAGCCUUGAUACCAGCGACGUACCAGGGGCUGAAGUCCCGACAGAAGGCAGAGCCCCGGAUGAGGUUCCCAACCCUCCUGUCAGCAGUGGGGAGAGCACAGACAGCUGGUCUCAGCUUGCCAACGAGGAGGACAACCCAGACGACACAAGUAGCUUUCUGCAGUUCAGUGAGCGAUCCAUGAGCAAUGGCAACAGUAGUGCCACUAGCAGUCUUGGCAUUAUGGACCUGGACAUUUAUCAGGAAAACAUGCCAUCUUCUCCCAUGAUUAAUGAAUUAAUAGAAGAAAAGGAGAUUCUUAAAGGACAGUCAGAAAGCAGAGAGGAAUGUGCCUCUGGAGCACCUGUGGGAGCCGCCAGCCGCCAGGGGAGCAUGCUGGUGAUCAACUUCGACCUGGAGCCAGAGUGUCCUGACGCUGAGCUUCGCGCCAUUCUGCAGUGGAUCGCUGCCUCUGAGCUCGGGAUCCCCACCAUCUACUUUAAGAAAUCUCAGGAAAACAGGAUUGAAAAGUUUCUAGAUGUCGUGCGGCUGGUUCACCAGAAGUCCUGGAAAGUGGGGGACAUCUUCCACGCCGUUGUUCAAUACUGCAAAAUGCGUGAGGAGCAGAAAGAUGGGGCCCCGAGUCUCUUUGACUGGCUUUUGGGACUGGGAUAG